AUGACUUCAGCGCUAAAGAAGCAGCAAAAAAGUAUCUCCGAAUUAUCUGAAAUCGUAAAACUCCUCGGCUAUGAUAUUCGUGAAGUUCGGGAUGGGGGUGCAAGAAGUAGUAACGCAGGAUCCGGUACGUCCAGAUCGCCCCAAAAUUACACUGGCACUAUUUUCGAACUCUGGGAAGACAUUGAUGCCCUGUUCAAAGAAAAGAAAACUCACGAAAAGCGGUCCAUGGCAAGGCUGUAUCCAAAG